AUGUCUACAAUGAGUGAUAGAAUGGCUAAGACAAGCCCUUUUGUAACUAGAAAACAAAACAAACUUUUUAAACCUCGUCUCUUGAUAAAAGAAUCAAAAUAUUUGGUUGUUGGAAAUUCUAGUGAACGUUCAAAAGCGACAAUUGAGCUCGCUAAUAGUUUGAUGAAAAACAUUAACAUCAUUCGUGAAAUGAUUGUUAAUAGAAAUGAUCCAUACGAAAUACUUGAGAAAAUUGUAAAUGAAUUAUUAGGAAAUUACACGAAAUGUUGCGAAAUUAUUAAAAAAAGUGAAGAGGAUAGUUUGACUCAUUGCAAAGGUUUGAAUGAUCAAGUGAUAUUAUUAGAAAAUGAUUUGAUUAGUAAAAUCAAUGAUGUUCAAGGGAAAGCAGAAAAUGAUAUCAAUUCUAUUGACUUGACACAGAAAUUUAAGGACGAAGUCAAUUUUCUUUGGAUUACUUUUACAGAUCCUGCUGAGAUUAAUGACCUGCAAAUGAAAAAUAAGUCUGAACUUAUUCAUGAGACUAAAAAAAUAUUCACUCGAAUGAAUAUUAAGCUUGACAAACCCCACAAAACAAAAAUCGAUGUAAUAAUUUAA